ACCAAAUGGUUAGACUAUUAACCCUCGGUUAGCAUGGUAUCCAAUAUGCCUAGAUUGACAUAAAUUAUUGCCUAGAUUAAUAUAAGUUGUUACAUUCACAGGCUAUCUUCAUGCAAACAGAGUUAGGCAUUAACAGAUGCAAGCUGGCUCUUCCAGAUGGCAUCUAAUCUGUUUUCAGUGGUGUAAAAAUAUAUCUUCACAACAAUAUGAAGCUUGUUCUGUAGAAUGUAGUCCUUCAAAAAAAAAAAUUGAAGCCAGAGAUGUGACACUGGACAUGGACAGUCUGAAUUAUCGGCUGUCUAGAUUUUUUCUGUCCCGAGAAUAGAUUGCAAACUGUACCUGCAUAGUUAACAUUUUUUGUGCACAUUAUGUUUUGCUUCCAUGGUUUGUAGGCUUAUGAACUACUACUGUCUUCAUUAAGGCAUGGAUGUGGUUCACAACUUAGUACUUUAUUUUGUUCAAAAUAUCGGCUGAUAAAUCAGGUAAGUGGCUGAUUAAUCCCUACUCGGUGGGUCACCGAGUAGCCGAUUAACUGAUUUAUUGGCUGAUUAACUGCCGUUCGCCUAUUAAUCCCUACUUGCCAGCCGACCAAAUAGUUACCAGCUAAUGAUUUCCUUAAAAUUGUUUUAUUUUGCUAUCUGUUAGCAUCAAAGAUGGCAGCGGAAUUAUAUCUUACUUAUUUUUCUAUGUGAAAUUCAGUCUAUUCAUAUAUGGUAGUUGAUUGAUUGAUUUGCUGUAUUGCUCAAGAGCUUUAGAUAGUGGUCCAUUUGUUCAUAGUUAAUCAUGUAGUUGAGCUAUUAAGAAUUUAUUUAGGAUCUUACUUCAAGACAUUUCGUGUCACAGGCCACUGUGGUUGUCUUGAAAGAUCAUCCUCCCUCUGUAUUAGCAGUCUCUUAAAUAUGCAGGAUUUUUUGAAUCUCGGGCAUGCUCCAGGAACUCCUCAUGACAAGUAAGCACCCCUUUGGCUAGGUACUGGUUCUCUUAUGCAUUGAAGGUUAUGUCCUUAUUUUGUCAGACUUUGGUAUAUAAUCGGGAGCACUUGGUGCUGUACGAGACAAACUCUUAGUAGUCCAAUUCUAUCUGGAGAGAUUUUCAUUUCUAUCUGGAGAGAUCACUGUCAAGAAGAAUUGAAAUACAUGGUUCAGAGCAAUGAUCACAUGACAAGAUUGCACCAUCGAUGUAGUUUAUGAAUUUUGCCAUUGCUCUUGUAUGCUCCCACUUGCUGUAGCGAGACAUAACAGGGGACCCCCUAAAUUCAUUAACCUUUCCUCUCCAAUAUAUGGACGUAGUACAUUCUUCAUGAGAUAAUUAAAAGACUGGUGCUGUUUUAUGCAAUGCGAAGACCAGGCAGAUGAUCCCGAUACGAAAGCCAAAGCUCUGCUAUUCGGUCGUUCCAUCCGGACAAAAUCAGCAAGGCUCUCUGGUCUUUGGUCCAAGAUCCAGCAGUUGGACCAGAGUAUUAUUAACUAUCUGCUAGUGUUUGCCAACCUCUAUAGCUUUGUUGAGUACUGCUGUCAUUUUCGGUCUCUAGUAAUGUAAUGUAAUAAUUACAUUACUAAAAAACGCCGCUUAGCUGUAAACAGAUGGGUAAAAGCUGGAGCAUAAGAGGUAUCUAGCGAUUUUUUUCUGAAAAAUAAAAGGUAUCCAAGGAAACUAUGUCUAACCAGUCAAAUCAAGUAAGGACGAAAAUAAUCAAAAGUUGCAGUUUUCGGAUGAGAAAGGACGAAAGAGAAUAAAUGAGAGCUAUAAAGAGAAGAAAGGGUAGCCGUCCAUUGCCAUCUACGGCCGAAGACUUGCAAUCCAACUCCCCUAUAUAUAUACGACACCUACCAACACCAAUCUCCAUCCAUUCACUCCCUGUCCUCUCCUCGCUUAGCUUUCUUCCUCCUUGGUAGCUCUAGUCUUCUUGCUGUGGGUAGCCAUGGCGGCCCCGAUGUUGAACCAGCUCAACACCCUCGUGGCCAAAAUGUUCGCCGCGGGUUUGCUGGACGAUCAGUUCCAGGAGCUGCAGAUGCUCCAGGAAGGGAGCGCCCCAGACUUCAUCGACAAUGUUGUCACGCUCUUCUGCGAGGAUGGCGAGCAUAUCAUCGGCGAGAUCGCCAAGCUGCUGGACAAGCCAUGUGUGGACUAUCACAAGGUGAGCCGUUUUGUGCAUGAACUCAAGGGAAGCAGUGCAUGUAUUGGUGCUCAGAGAGUGAAGAACAGUUGCAUUCAGUUCCAACAGUGUUGUCAGGAGAAGAGCAGAGAUGGGUGCCUGAACUCACUGGAUUCUGUGAGGAACGAUUUCUAUGAUGUGUGCAGCAUGUUCAAGCCACAUGCUUCAGAUGCAGCUGGGCCAGCGAGUCCAAGCCUUAAUCCUAAACUGUAGACUUGAGCGAUAAAGCUCGAUCUGCAUGUUCUGAUGGUACAACACCUUUGAAGUCGUGGAACAUGCUCAACCUAGCUUAUAUAGCUUGGAGUCAUUUGCUUAUGUGGGGUCUGUAGCUGCCUAGUGGCAAGCUAAUCAUCUACUAGUAUCCAUGUCUUUGUUAUCGUUCGCAGUUUCAUUUGGAAUUCUCAGUGGUCAAAUAAUAAUAUUCAGCUGUGGUUGUUUUGCGGAUUAUUGGUGGUUAAUAUGGUGUCUUAGUUGUAGUCGGUUUGUUGCUCGUAGAAAUGCAGCUGCAAUGUAAUCUUUAGUUUUGACUGGUGGUAUAUUGUGGAUAACAUAUUUUAUCUAUCUAUGUUAUUUUGUAUUAUUAA